UUCUUCCCAACUCACAAAUAAUUAAUAACCCCAUAACAUUCAUCUCUCAAACAACCAACUCUUUCAUACCAUUUUCUUCUUCUUGAUCAUCAUGGCUACCACUACUCCUCAAGACUUUGAUAUGGAUGAUUACCAAUUCCCACUUCCUGGGUUCCGCUUCCAUCCCACCGACGAAGAGCUUGUCGAUUAUUAUCUUCGUCGGAAGGUCGAGAAGAAGUCGGUUACUCUUGAACUCAUCAAACAAAUCGAUAUCUAUCGACACAACCCUUGGGAUCUUCCAUAUGGUGGUGGGGCGACGGGAGAGAAAGAAUGCUACGUGUUCGUGAAAAGAGGAAGAAAGUACAAGAACAGUGUGAGACCUAAUAGGGUAACAGGGGCAGGGUUUUGGAAGGCAACUGGUAUUGACAAGCCAAUUUAUUCACAAGAAGGGGAAGGAAAUCAUUGCAUUGGCCUAAAGAAAACCCUAGUUUUUUACAAGGGAAGUGCAGGGAGAGGAGUCAAAACUGAAUGGAUGAUGCAUGAAUUUCGCCUCCCUCCAAUCCCUUGUUCCAAUUCCCACUUCGCCAAAAUCGAUCAAGAAGCGGAGAUUUGGACGUUAUGUCGGAUAUUCAAACGAAAUGUUAUGUGCAGAAAAUAUAAUUGGAAAGAAAUUCCAGGAAGCAACCGAGAAAUGACGAAGAUCACAAAAACAUGCAAUAAUAUUGUGGAUCAUGAUCAAUCAACCUAUGACGGAUUAGAUGAAAGAGCAACUUAUAUAAGUUUUAGCUCGAAUUCGUAUAAUGGGUUUGAAUCAGAGAAGAAGCCAUUUUUAACUUGUGAUGAAAGAAAACAAUGGGAGGAGUUUACAAUGAAGAAGAAGAAGAAGAAUAGUGAAGCAGCUGAAGUAAUAUCCUUGUCUGUAAACCAAUCUCCAGCUUCAUCGGGAUUCUCGAAUUUUGAUGAGAAUGGGACUGAUUUUUUUGGAUCUAGUGACCAUGAUUGGGAAGAACUUAGAUCCAUUGUGGAGUUUGCUUUUGAUCCUAAUUUUGUUAAUAACCCUUGAUUUUAAUAUUGUUUGUAAAUAACACAUAGCGGGAAAGUUGUCUCUAUACGAAGCCGUUGGAUGUGAAUUUGAAAAUCUGUAUGUACCUCUUGAUGACUACGAGAUACAAAUUUAAUUUGGAGGUAUUUUUACAGAUUUUUUUUUCUCAAAUAUGCAUCCAACGAUAUAAAAUUGUUAGUUACAUCGUGGCAGGAUUAAUUUUGAGUUUUGGUUGUGUUUUUUUUGCUCAAUUUGGAGUUUUUAGUUAUUUAAUUAGGUUUUGGAUGAGAUGUUUUACAUUUUAUUGUUCUUUUAAUUGGUCUAUUGAAGAGCAUUGUCUCUCUUUAAGAUUGAGCUUAUGAGUUGAUUAUUGGUUUUAAUGUGUUGAUUAAGGAUGAGAUGCCGACCAAUUGGGCGGAUUAAGGGUUAUGUUGAUGAAUAAUUGAAAAUAUUAUUAUAGAUGGGACAGACAAAUUGGAAGAGCUUAAACAUAACUGAUUAUUGUUUUGUGUUAGUGAUUUGAUUCUACGUACAAAACAAAAACCACGGGAAGAACAAAGAAAAUUUCU